CCCGCGCCCUUGGAUUUCGUUUGUUUAUGUUAUUGCUGCAAUGCAGUCGGUAAAGACGCAGUUGGGCCAAUCGGUAUAUUUAGCUAAUAAAACCAACCUUACAAGAUGAUUGCGGCAGCAAAUGUGGACGAAAAAUUCCCUGCACAACAACACGUGGAAGCCUUGGCACGGGAAAUUGUAAAAUCGGAAGCUUUAAAGCAAGCGAAAGCACCGAAACGCCUAACCAAGGAAAGGGAUAAGCGGGUUAAGAAGUCAUUCCCCUACGGUAACUACAAUCGUUACUACGGAUACCGUAACCAUAAUGCUACUCCUGCGGACGAUCCUCGCUUGCAAGCGUUCGUACAGCGACGCCACGAACUGUUCGAAUCGAAACGAGUUCUUGAUAUUGGCUGCAACAAUGGAGCGCUUACGGUGCAGAUAGCUUUAGCUUGCCAACCCGCCUCGAUCGUUGGCAUCGACAUCGACGGUGAUCUCAUAAAGGAUGCUCGUAAACACUGGAAAGCGACACUAACCACCGGCCGCAAGAUGGGCACGGUAAACGGACGCAAAGUGAGUGUCGAUCUGGUAGAGUUUCAGCGCGCCAACUACAUCUACGAUGAUCCGGCACUGCUCGUGCUAGAGAAACCACAGUUCGAUGUGAUCCUGUGCCUUUCGGUGACCAAAUGGAUGCAGCUAAACUUUGGCGACGAGGGCCUGCAGCUGGCGUUCAGGCGCAUGUAUCGUCAGCUACAUCCGGGCGGAGUGCUCAUACUGGAACCGCAGCCAUGGAGUAGCUACAAACGGCGCAAGAAGCUAACCGCCACGAUAGCGCAGAACUUUCAAAGCAUCAAAUUUUUACCCGCCAUGUUUAAGCAGUUUCUGCUGAGCGAUGCGGUUGGGUUUCGCGAGUGUACCGAUAUACCGGUGCCGCAACAGCAGUGCGCGUCCGGCUUCCAAAGACCGAUACAGAUGUACAGGAAAUAAAUGACGGCAUCAUUCUCAACAUUC